AACUCAGUUCCUGGUGUGUUUUUUUUACAUUCUGUAGCUUUCAGUCGAUCGUACGCCUCUUCAUCGGCAAACGAGCCGCCAUUUGGAGUGUGCUGCCCUGUGUUGGGGGAACAGUUCUUGUGCCAACGGUAAACCCAGGAUAAACCAGCUGUGUGUCUCAUCAGUUUCCGGUGCAUGUCUGUGGCUCUGGUAGCUCUGAACAGGAAGACUACACAGAGAGACGUCUGAACUGAGAGAGGAAACUGCUGUGGCUUCUUCUUCAGCCUCAGAAUGACUGAGUUCUGGGUUUGUUUCAGCUGCUGCAUUGCAGAGCAGCCACAACCGAAACGGCGGCGACGGAUCGAUCGCUCCAUGAUCGGAGAGCCAACAAACUUUGUUCACACCACACAUGUAGGCUCAGGGGACAUGGGCCUGGGAUUGGCAUCGGUGGACCUUGUCCAGGUCCAGAUGAAAUCUAAAGGGGGCUACACACAAGGCGGAUCUGAAGGUUCUCAACUGUAACAAGCCCCUUCACAGUUUUGUGGAAACUACUGUUGUUGAUAUGAGGAACCAUUUUUCAAAAAGCAGUUCUGUCUGUAAUGGACACAGGACCAAAAGAUGAAACUACUGCUUUUCCAUAAUGUUGUAUAUAUUUUUAUUUUCCAUUCCUUUUUUUAAUGAAAGCACUGCUUAUCCAUUUGCUGCCAUACUGUUGCACUGUAAAGAGUAGCUGUUUAGGAGUAGAAAGAGGGUUAGAAAGCUCAUAAUCUCAGCCACGUAUGCUUGUGUGUAUGCAUGAAGAAAAUAAGUUUCAAAAUGAUUUUCUGUUGUAGCCCAUUUGGAUGCCUGUAUUUAUUAUCUGAUUUGUAAAACGGACCUCAUGGUGGCUGGGCCACACUGGAGAUUUUUGGACAUUCACUUUCCUUCUUUAUUCUCAGAGGUUUAUCAAAGGACAGGUAGAGGUAAAACACAAUGUUUUCAUUGUGUUGUUCUGAGAAAUGCUCACAGUUCUCUGAGUUGCUUUCAGGGUUAAAGAUUGCUGUCUUGUUAUAAACUUGAAUGAGUAGAGUACACUGGACCGUGCAUUGUACACUCACACUUGCUUAGGAAUUCUGCAUUGAUUUUUUUCUUUCCAGCGUUAUUUUUUAUACUCCUUUAGAUUCAAACAUAGAGAAUUUUAAUAAACUAUGAACUUCCUAAUCUGCCUUCUGAAGUCAUGUUCAUUGUUUUUUUUUUAAACUAGCAUCAUUCAGCAGCUUGAUGCUGCAAAUACUGAGCUUAGCAGAUUCAUAGAUUCUUCUUCUUUUUACAUGUGUUUUCUUUUUUCAAGACUUGUAUACCAACAUUAAACCCAAGAAUUAAACUUGGAAGUAACCAAAUCAGCACUGCAAACACUGCUGCACAUGUGGGUCUGGUCUAAUGCAGUAUUCUCAAACCUGUAGUUUACCUUCUUACCUUCGUCCAGCAUGUUUUUAGUUUACUGCCGUCCCAUUUUCCCAGCACAGGUCAGUGUCAUGACUUUGACAUAAAAUCAUUUUUCACUUCUUAUUUGGCUGAUACACGCACAAUUUUGGCAGAGGUGGAUUUCCCCCUGCGUGGGUUGUUUUAGUAGUUAAAUGUGUCUUUGAAAACUCAAAUAAAUGCUACUUUAAGGCAUUCUAAUGUAUGUGACCCACCUUUUGUAGCAGUGUUUGUAGCUUUGUUGUCAAAGCAUGUUUUCAUGUGACAUUAAAAAUAUUUUGUAAGAAAAAAAAUAAAAUAUAAAGCAUAAUAGAAAAGUAAAUGUAUUUCCCAGUUUAUCAGCCUGUUUUCAACCUUUAAAGAAAUGCUUGAUUUUCUCAGAAAGGUGCAGCUCUUACCACCUGAUUACAAAGGUUGUUGGAUGUGUUAGUGAUCACUUAUUGUUCUCAUUUUUUAUAGACUGGCUGGUACAUUUUUCUACCUGUAGCAUUGUCGCAUGCAGUGACAAACGGCUAAACUGAAAUACUUGCAGAUGAAUAUAAACUACACGGGCCCCCUUGUGGUGUCCAUGAUGUGCACAAUGCUCAAUAAUCGCUACAGUGAUUUACUAAUCAAAAUAUCAAAGAGCCAACCAGCAGGCCUGGAUUUAUUAAAAAUGUGAUUAUUUGUCUUUCAUGUACAUCAUAUGCUUUACUUUUCAAAAACAGAAUAUGGAUGUAUAAUUAAGUCAAGUAAAUUGGUAUUAAAUGGGUGUGAAUGUCAUUCUAUUUAUGAGACAUGAAUGAAUUUGUGCUGUUUGUAUCAGGCAAUGUGAAAUAUCCUGUAGCCAAAUUGUAAUAUGUCAUCAUUUACAGCCUCAAAGCUGAUGGUAGUUUCAUUCCCAACAUUCACAGAUAAAAAAAAACUUGAUUGAUUCAUCAGGCUUUAACGUUGUCAUCUGUUCCUCUUUAAAUGUUUCUGUAGUAUUUCCCAUGUGAAGAGAGAUCCACACACAGUCUAUGUAGUUUGUUUUAUGUUCUUCAGCUCUGGGUUAAACGCUGUAGUAUGUGCAGACAUACUGGGAAUGCUGAUAUUAUGUGACCAGCAGGCUGUGCUAGUAGACUGGUUGAAUGUGACUUUAAAAAAUGAUUCCUUCUCUUCACAUUAGACUUAUUUUAUGAUGAAAAUGUAAAUAAGAAUCAUAAAAGUAAUGGAUCCAUGCUUUAUAUGUAAUUGGGAUCAUACAUAUUUUGGUUACUUUUCUUUAUAAGAGUUCUGGGAAGGUGUUGGAGCAGUUUUCUGUUGUCUUUUUUGUUAUUUUUUUUCUCAGGAACUGCCUGUUAUGUAGUUCCCACUUUAAGGGAAAUUCAUCUGUCUUUUUUUCCUGCAUUUUUCAGAAUAAAAAAAAGAAAUAAAUGUUCAAUGUUGAUGUUUAA